GAUUAUUUCGAAAUUGUCAAAAAACCAAUGGAUCUGUCAACAGUGAUUGACAAAUUGGACCGAGGGGUAUACAAAAAUCCAUGGGAUUUCAACGAUGAUAUGUGGUUGAUGUUUGAUAAUGCCUGGCUAUACAAUCGCAAGAACUCGAAAGUGUAUAAAUUCUGUAGCAGGCUCAACGAAGUGUUUGUGGUGGAAAUCGAUCCGGUGAUGCGUAAAAUGGGCUAUUGCUGUGGUCAACAGCUUGCCUUUACUCCGUUGGCACUCUUUUGCUACGGCCAAUCGAUGUGUACAAUUGCACGGGAUCAAACAUAUCACGUAUACGAAACCAACAUGGUUCCAAAAUCGAAAUUUGUGCAGAUGAAAAACGACCAAAUCGAUUUUGAACCGUUCGAGAAAUGUAUCCUCUGCUAUCGAAAGUGGCAUCAAGUUUGCGCCCAAUAUAACAAAAAGGUUUUCCCGGAAGGAUUUAUUUGCGAGACAUGUCGCCGUGAAAAGAACUUACCAAAGCCAGAAAAUCGUUAUACGGCGAAAAAACUCCCACAUUGCCAGCUGUCGAAAUUCAUCGAAGAUCGUGUUAACAAAUUUAUGAAAAAUAAUCCAGCUGGCAAAGAUUACGAAGUGAUCAUCCGUGUGCUAUGUGCUGCUGACAAGGAAGUUGAAGUGAAGCCACUCAUGAAACAAAAAUAUGGACCACUUGGUUUUCCGGAAAAAUUCCCAUAUCGAACGAAGGCAAUUUUUGCUUUCGAAGUUAUCGAUGGAGCGGAAGUUUGCUUUUUUGGAUUACAUGUACAGGAAUAUGGAAGUAAUUGUCCACCACCAAAUCAGCGGUGCGUUUUUGUUAAAAUAACUGCACCUUACACAGUAAAAAUAGUGAGUAGGAUGGGUUAG